ACAGUAAUUGGCAUUGCUCUUGUUGAGCAAGAAGGAAGAGAGUGAGAAAGCCAAACAAAUAACCGUCGCUUGUCCCCCUAAAAGUUCCACACUCAUUUCGACACAAUCACAAGUUCACAACAAUUCCUACACUGUUCUAAUUUCGUCAAUUUACUUAUUCGAUACCAAAUCAUCUAUGAACCCUAAAGAAACUUGCAGAAAUUCGCAAAAAAAUGGCGGUUACUGAAGAAGAAUCAUCUUCCUCAUCAACAUCGGCAGCAAAGUCCCGAUUUCAAUCGUCUAAUGACGUUCAUUAUCUCGCCAAAUGCGUUCUUCCGAGCUCCGUUGUUCUUCAAGUUGUUCAUGGCCACAUUCGCUCCCCUUUUUCCUACGACAUCGUUCUCGCUAAGGAGACAUCUAUUGAGUUGGUAGUUAUUGGUGAGGAUGGCGUGGUGCAAUCAAUAUGUGAGCAACCAGUAUUUGGUGUGAUAAAAGACGUGGCUGUUCUUCCCUGGAACAAGAAACUCCGUACCCAAAAUUCAGAGGUUCUUGGGAAAGACUUGUUAGUUAUUAUUUCUGAUUCUGGAAAGCUCUCUUUUCUCACAUUUUGUAAUGAAAUGCACAGGUUCUUUCCAGUGACUCAUGUUCAACUUUCAAGCCCUGGCAACUCCAGGCAUCAGAUUGGUAGAAUGCUUGCUGUUGAUUCCCUUGGCUGUUACAUUGCGGUUAGUGCAUAUGAAGAACGUGUAGCUCUUUUUUCUGUUUCAGCAUCAAGUGAUGUUGAUAUGAUUGACAAGCGUAUAAUCUAUCCUCCUCAACCAGAGGAUGAUAUGAUUGACAUAGGACUCCAGCAAACCAGGCAGUCUGUCUUGGUUAAUUCAUUGCCUGCAGAGAAAGUAGGUGACUCUGCUCCAACACCUCCAGUGGGUUGUAUAAAUGGCACUAUAUGGAGUAUGUGCUUCAUUUCAAAGCAUUCAGACGAAUUGAGUAAGGAGCGCAAUCCUGUACUAGCUAUUCUUGUCACUAGGAUGGAAUCGUUCUUGAAUGAGCUGCUUCUUUUGGGAUGGGAUGUCAGAGAAAAUGCUAUCCAUGUUCUUUCUAGGUUUAUGGAAAGCGGACCUUUAGCACAUACUAUUGCUGAAGUUCCUGGAUCCCGGGGACUUGCAUUUUUAUUCAGGGUUGGUGAUAUCCUACUUAUGGAUCUUAGUGAUGCCUGUAACCCAUGUUGUGUGCAAAGAACAGACCUGAGCACUCCAAUUGAUUUGAUGGAGGAGAGUAGUUGUAUGGAAGACCCUUUCAAGAUUCAGGAUGGUGAUGAUGAAGGUUUCAUUGCUGCGCGUGCUCUGUUAGAGUUGCAGGACUAUGGCAUGGAUUUUAGUAAGGGUAAUGAUCCCAUGAGCAUUGAUGCAGAUAUGCGCCGUGCUAAAUCUGUACCCUUGUAUGUGUGUUCAUGGAGUUGGGAACCAGGAACAGAUAUGAAACCAAAGAUGAUAUUCUCGACGGAGUCUGGGGAAUAUUUUUCUAUUGAAAUCACUUAUGGCCCUGAUGGUCCUAAGGCCUUCUUAUCUCUUAAUCUUUUUGUUGGUCUCCCCAGUAAAGACUUGUUGUGGACCAAAGGUGGCUUUCUGGCAGCAAUUGUGGAGAUGGAUGAUGGUAUGGUCCUAAAAUUGGUAGAUGAUGAAUAUCUUCAAUAUAUAGGUCCUAUUCAAAAUGUUGCGCCCAUCCUAGACAUGUCAGUUAUGGAUUACCACGACGAAAAGCAGGAUCAAAUUUUUGCUUGCUGUGGAAUGGCUCCUGAUGGAUCAUUGAGGAUAAUCAGAAAUGGUGUAAAUCUAGAAAGAUUAAUAAGGACAGCUCCUAUAUAUCAAGGAAUAACUGCCAUAUGGGCUGUUAAGAUGAGGGUAAAAGAUUCUAAUCACUCUUUUCUCGUGCUUUCUUUUGUUGAGGAAACCAGGGUGUUGUCAGUCGGUGUAAGCUUCACUGAUGUAACUGACUCAGUUGGUUUUCAACCUGAUAUCUGUACAUUAGCAUGCGGUCUUGUUGUUGAUAAUGUGUUGGUUCAGAUUGAUCAAAGUUCUGUCAGACUUUGCUUGCCUACUUCAGUUGCCCAUCCUGAAGGCAUUCCAGUGUCUUCCCCCGCAGGUACCUCAUGGUCUCCUGAUAAUGUUGGCAUCAGCCUAGGUGCAGUUGGACACAACAUGAUAAUUGUUGCUACAGCGAAUCCUUGUUUCCUUAUAAUACUUGGUGUUAGAUUGCUAUCAUUGUACGAGUAUGAAGUAUAUGAGAUGCAACAUGUUAGACUUGAUAGUGAAUUGUCUUGCAUAUCUAUUCCCCAAAUGCACAGCAUAGGAAAAGAAUCCGGCCCUAUCCCAGCUGGGUUUGAUAUUGGCAAUACAGUUGUGAUUGGUACACACAAGCCAUCUGUUGAAAUUCUAUCUUAUGUACAUGGUCAAGGCAUACGAGUUCUUGCCACUGGAAUGAUAUCACUGACAAAUACGACUGGUACUGCUAUCAGUGGCUGUAUUCCGCAGGAUGUAAGGCUUGUGCUGGUUGAUAGGUUGUAUAUCCUCUCUGGACUAAGAAAUGGAAUGUUGUUACGCUUUGAGUGGCCUACAGCAUCCCGUGUAUCUGAUUUUCCCAGUUAUAGGACCUCUUUGUUUUCAAAAUCUGGUUUGUUGAAGGCAUCAGCUCCAGCCAUUGUUGGUCCACAGCUUAGUGGUGUCAACUCUUAUGAAAAGCCAAAGGAUAACGAUCCUGUUCAUCUCCUAGUAAUCGCGAUUCGUCGGAUUGGUAUUACUCCCGUGUUCCUUGUUCCUCUCAGCGAGUCAUUAGAUGCUGAUGUUAUUGCUCUCAGCGACAGGCCUUGGUUAGUCCAAGCUGCCAGGCACAGCCUCUCAUACAUUUCAAUCUCAUUCGAACCUUCAACUUAUGUGACUCCUGUAUGCUCAGCUGAAUGUCCGAAGGGACUUUUAUUUGUAGCAGAGAACUGUCUGCAUCUGGUGGAGAUGGUGCACAGUAAGAGGCUUAAUGUGCAAAGGUUUCGUCUGGAUGGAACUCCACGAAAGGUCUUGUAUCAUAGUGAGAGCAGGUUGCUGCUCGUGAUGAGAACUGACUUGAAUAACCCCGAUUCGUCUUCCUCUGAUAUUUGCUGUGUAGAUCCCCUUAGUGGCUCGGUGCUCUCGUCUUAUAAAUUUGACGGGGGUGAAACUGGAAAAUGCAUGGAGUUUGUGCAGGUCGGGAAUCAGCAGGUAUUGUUGGUUGGGACCAAUUUAUCUACUGGGCCAGCUAUAAUGCCCAGUGGAGAAGCUGAAAGUACCAAGGGGCGUUUGAUAAUGCUCCGCCUUGAGCACUUGCCCAAUUCGGAUAGUGGGUCUAUGACAAUGCGUCUGAAACCGAGUUCAUCUAUGCAACAAUUUUCGCCAUUUUGUGAAGCUGCUGGGUACACUGCUGAAAGGAUGUCUAAUAGCAGCCGUUGCAGUAGCCCGGAUGAUAAUAGCUGUGAUGAAGUGAAGCAUGAAGAUUCUGAAGGUUGGCAGCUACAACUUCUUAACUCAAUUACUUGGCCUGGAGUGGUGCUUGCAAUUUGUCCUUACCUUGAUCAUUACUUCUUGGCUUCUUCUGGCAACGCUUUCUAUGUUUGUGGCUUUCAAAAUGAUAAUCCCAGGAGACUCAAGAGGUAUGCUGUUGAAAGAACGCGGUUUAUGAUAGUCUCAUUGACAGCCUACUUCACCAGAAUUGCUGUUGGUGAUUGCCGUGAUGGUGUGCUUUUUUAUUCUUAUCAUGAGGAUGCAAAGAAACUGGAGCAGAUCUAUUGUGAUCCUGGUCAGAGGUUAGUUGCUGAUUGUCUGCUUACUAAUCUCAACACUGCCUUUGUUUCUGAUCGUAAGGGAAGCAUCGCUGUCCUGACAUCCUCGACCCAUUUGGAAGACUAUGCCAGUCCUGAAUGCAACCUAACAGUGACCUGCUCAUAUUACACAGGCGAGAUCGCAAUGAGCAUCAGGAAGGGGUCAUUUUCUUACAAAAUGCCUGCUGAAGAUGGAUUUGAGGAGUGCCAUGCUGGUAAUAAUGUUACUGAUAUGUCACGCAAUGGUAUUAUGGCUGGGACACUACUUGGAAGCAUUUUAAUUUUCAUCCCUAUAUCCAGGGAGGAAUAUGAGCUUUUGAAGCCUGUACAAGCCAGACUUGCAGUACACCCUCAUACUGCUCCUAUUCUUGGGAACAAUCAUAGUGAGUUUCGGAAUCGCGAGAACCAGCAGGCUGUGGUGCCUACAAUGCUUGAUGGAGACAUGUUAGCCCAGUUUUUGGAGCUUACAAGCAUUCAACAAGAAGCUGUGUUGGGAUUACCGUGUGCAACUUCUGAAGUGUCAUCAAGCUCCAGGUCACCUCAUUCACCCAUAUCAGUCGACCAGGUUGUGCAACUCCUUGAACGGAUUCACUAUGUACUAAAUUGAAUAUCUUGUUUAUCUGCAUUUGUGAGAUGUCUCAAUCUGACCUACUGGUCCAGCUUCUGUAUAUACGAGGCAUCAAGGGUUAGACUGCAGAACAACAAAAAUGCUGUUACAUUUGUGGCACACAAGUUGAAGACAACUACUGAAUUAAUUUUAUUAUAAUUUUGUGACGUCUUUCCGGUGCUGAAUGCGUAUACCACUCUUAGUGAGAGGGUUCUUGGGCAGACUGUUCCGUCAGUUGAUAAGAUGAAAGCUACCAUUCUUAGUGAGGGGGUUCUUGGGCAGACCGUUUAUGCACCCUUUCUUAACAGUAUAGGCAGUAUAUCAUGUAUGUCAUGCUGGAAUAUGUGUACAGAAUGUGUAUAACAAACUUAUUCCCAAUCUGAUAAAUAAAACUAUGACAUUUCUUGGCC